CAUGGAAAACAUUUCUGUCUUGAGGCAGGGUCUUAUUAAGCUGUGCAAGCAGCUCUUACACAUCUGCCUUUGAAACACUGCUGGAUUCUCAGGAGGCUGCCAAGGCCCUGUGGAGAAAUAGCCUGUUCCUUCACUUAAUCAGCUAGGGUGACUUAGCUGACGAUACCUAACUGUCCUUCAGUGCCAAGCACAGGAUCUAAUAGUGUCUAUGUCUGCUCAGCACAUAAGCCUACAGCAGUUUAUGAUUAUUGUUCAUGUACACCUGUAAACCGUGUCUCUACAUGGUUAGGAUCAAUAUAGCUGAUAAUAGGUCUUGAAAGAAUUGAUGAGCCUGCUUUGCUAUUCCAAAUUUGGGCUCUUUAGCCAGGUGUGGAGGCUCACACCUGCAACCCCAACACUCGGAUACUAAAGCAGGAGGUAUGCUGCAAAUUUGAGGAUAGCCUGAGCUACAUAGUGUGUUGCAGGGUAUCCUGGUCAUACGAUGUAAGAUGAUUCUGUCUUGGGGACAAAAGGGCCAAAACAAAAAACAAAAAACAAAACAACAACAACAAAAAAAAAACAAAUAAGCAAACACCCAGAGGUGGUACUCACUUAUAAUUCCACAACAUGGGAGGCUGAGACCCAAGGAUCACAAGUUCAAGGCUAGCCUGAGUGGCAUUACUUCUAAGUUUAUGAACAUGGGGUGUCUCCUGGUUUAUUUAGGCCCCUUUGUCUGAUCAGUGUCUAUAGUAAACAACAUAUUCAACACAUAGAAUUCAACCUUUGUAUGUUUUUAAUGUAUUUUUUAGUUCAUUUUAAUUUGUGUGUGUGUGUGUGUGUGUGUAUCUUUGUGUUUGUGUCUGCUACCAUGUGUUUGGGUACCCACAAAUGCCAGAAUAGGGCAUUAGAUCACAUGGAGCUGGAACUGCAUGCAGGUGGUUGUAAUUACAGAGCUGCCCAAUGUGGAUGUGGGUGCUCAGAUCCAAAUUCAGAACCUAACUCAAGCCCCAAAACUUUCUCAGGUUUGGUGGGGUUUUUUUGUUUUUUUGUUUUUUGUUGUUGUUGUUUUUUUACAUCAGACAGGGCACAAACAUUCUGUUGGACGCUGGCUGGUGGCAUCUGUGGCAGAGGAAGCUACUCUGGACUUAGUGGCCUACCCCAGGCAAAGUCUCCUUUGAUGUAGAAACUAACCCAUGAAGCUUUGUAAUCAGAAAUCAGGUUCAGAUGCGGUCAGUCCAAAGUCUAUUGUGCAGAAGAAGCCAAUAACCCAGCCCAAUCAAGCACUCCUUUCCAGGGGACAGUUAAAGCCCACACCCUCUGAGGCUGUCCACUUCCCUGUGGCUCUUCAGAAGUCAGUGCAUUCUGUGGCAUUGUGUGGUGGGGAUGAGCCCUGCACUCGCCUGCAGCCCUAGAUGCUGCCUCUCACUGUACUGCUUAGAAAUGAUGCAACCUCACUGUUCUCGCUGCAUCGCCCGGCCAGUGAAGUUUGCUUGUUUGGGGAUAGGGCUUUACCAGCUGCCUGUGUCUUCCAGGUUUACGCAGACUCAAGUAAAGCCUGGCUGACACAGAAGUUCACAGAACUCAGAUUACUCCUGGAUGAAGAGGAAGUACUGGCCAAAAAAUUCAUCGAUAAAAACACACAGCUCACCCUCCAGGUGUACCGGGAGCAAGCUGAGUCUUGUGGGAAGCAAAUUGAGGUCAUGGAUGACUUCUCUACCAGGGUGUGGGGCAUUGGCCAGGAGCCCAACCCUGUUCAGCUGCUGCAGGCAUAUAUAGUCACCAAGACAGAGAUGGGACAGCAGAUGAGCCCCUCAGAGCUGAGCCACCCUGUGCCCCUGUCCUUUGAGCCUGUCAAGAACUACUUUAAGGAGUUUGUGGAAGCCAUCGGGAACACAUUGCAGACACCAAUGGACACUCGCCUGAAGGAAAACAUAAACUGCCAGCUUUCAAGCCCUUCCAGCACCAAGCCAGGCGCCUUGUUGAAAACCAGCCCCUCGCCAGAGAGAGCUCUCUUCUUGAAAUACGCCCGCACGCCGUCGCUGGACCCGGACACGAUGCACGCACGCCUGCGCCUGUCGUCGGACGGCCUGACCGUCCGCUGCUCGCUGCUGGGCCGCCUGGGGCCGCGUCCCGCGCCGCGGUUCGACGCGCUGUGGCAGGUGCUGGGCCGCGACGGCUUCGCAGCCGGACGCCACUACUGGGAGGUGAACGUGCAGGAGGCCGGCGUGGGCUGGUGGGUGGGCGCGGCCUACCCGUCGCUGCGGCGCCGCGGAGCCUCCGCCGCUGCCCGCCUGGGCUGCAACCGCGAGUCGUGGUGCGUGAAGCGGUACGACCUAGAGUACUGGGCCUUCCAUGACGGCCAGCGAAGCCGCCUGCGGCCCCGCCGCGACCCCCACCGGCUCGGCGUCUUCCUGGACUACGAGGCCGGCGUUCUGGCCUUCUACGACGUGGCGGGUGGCAUGAGCCACUUGCACACCUUUCACGCCGCCUUCCAGGAGCCGCUCUACCCAGCCCUGCGCCUCUGGGAGGGGGCCAUCAGCAUCCCCCGAUUGCCCUAAGCGAGUUCGGGCUUCCUUUUUCUAGGCUAGUCUCCAGCUGUCCCCUGAGCGCCCUGCCCCCCAACGAUGCCUUUAUAGUGCAUAUUCCUGAAAGGGGUACCCCGCUGCCUGUGUCUGGGAGACCUUCGUGCAGCGCCUAGAACCUCCUGGCACACAGUAGGCACGCAGUAUCAGUGAAUGUCUCCCUGCAGGGGCAAGUAGUUCCCCUACAGUUCCCGUUUGAGCCAGCCACUUCAGCUUGUCCAGGGAGCCUCGAUCCAGAGCACCCAAGAGGGUUCUUGUCUGGGUCUGCAUCCUCUCGCUUCCUUACCUUCUACAGUAAAACCAGGGUGAGCAUCCUGAAAUUUAGCUUGGCCUCUUGGAUUAUAGGGAGGCUCUGAAAGAGCUACAAAAACGACACGGGAAGGGCUUUUCCCAUGUCCAUCUUUUUCAGACAUGCUCCAGUCAGAAGCUAGAUCAGAGUUGCACCUUUGAACCGUUGUGCUUCCCACCAUAAAUAGGAAAACCGGCUCUCUGCCUGUGUCAGUUCUCAGGCAUAUCUGCCCCCAAGAAAUUCCCCCCCAUGCCCCAAAAAAACAACCGAUUGGGCCUGCAAAUCCCUCCACCACACCCCCUCAAAAAACAAUUAGGCUUGUAAAUCUGGGACCUGUCAUUCCAGAUCCUUUCUAAGGACAUUCUCGCGUCCUUCCCUCCCGGGUACUUCCUGGGUGAUCAGUAGGUAGUAGACUGCUACUCACAGGAGAGAAAACUACUGAGAAGGGUUCAAAGGGCAGGACAUACCUAACGGGAGAUGCUACAUCUCCUUCAUUCACAAGACCAGAGUUUUAACCACAAACUCCACUGCAGGAGGGGCCCCGCCAGGCAUCUCUUACCAGGUGGUGUUACACAGUCGUACACUACACACACUUGACCCUUACAGCUCGUUGUACACCUGACAGGAUUGGUACACGUGAGUCAGAUGACUACCCAAGGUAACAGAAUCAGUGUUGCUGUCAGGAUCCACGCUGCCCUCCAGGCUGUGCUGUGGACGUGACAGCUCUUCUUCCUCAGUAUUUACCUCAAGUUUUCCUUGGGGCAAACCUGCUUCUAGAUUGCCUUCAUUGGUCCCUAAAAGGAGGUUUCAUACCUUUCAGGAUGGGGGAUGAAAUCGUUUGAGGGGAUCGGAUUUGGGUAUAAAACCGAAGGACUGCUUCUGAGCCAGGGUUUGUGCAGGCUGGCUUAGCUUCCUGUCAGCUGUGUGGCCCCCAUCUGUGAAAUGCGGUCAGUGCCAGGAGGUUCAAACAAGCCUGCCUUAGAAACUAUAAUGUUGCAUCAGGCCAGGAUAUGUUAGCACCUUCAAUAGGUUCUUUCUACCUUGUCGCAGUGCUGGACCACAGAUGGCCAGCAGCUAGGUGGCAGCCGGGAGCUAGCUGCCUUAAUAGUCUCAGGGGAGUCUCCUUGGCAUCCAUGCUGUCAAAGGUACAAAGCAGGUGUCUUUUUCAUGCUCCUGACUUUGUAGAAUUUAAAGGUAAAUUUAUGUAGAAGGUACAUAAAUGAUUCUCCAUGUGGUGCUUGGUCUAGAACCAGUGGCCUUGCACGUGCUGAGCAAGGGCUUCAGGCUCAGCAGGUGUUUGUAAGACAAAGGCUUAGUCAAGGCCAGGGAAGUGAAGAACAGACACCUCUGUGACAACACUUUUAUUUCUUUUCUUUUUCCCCUUUGGUUUUUCAAGGCAGGGUUUCUCUGUGUAGCCCUGGCUGUCCUG